AUGUUGGAGUUCUACCAACAGAUUCUGAGCCGCGAGCUGCUGCUCAAGCUCAAUGUGAAGAGCAUCAACGAGCUGCCGCGACUACGACGACUCAACCUGGCUAUACAGGCAAAGGACGUUGCCGGCGGGCCAUUUGUCGAGAAGUGGCAGCUCCUGCUGCACGCGCUGGGCCUCGAGAUCGUGAGCGGCCGCCCGGCCACCUUCUCCCAGCCCGUCAGCCGCCACUACCGCCAGCGCGGCGCCGUCACCGGCGUCCACGUCACCCUGAGCGACGCCGCCGCGCACGACGCGCUCGAGAAGAUAGUCUACCUCCUGCUGCCCUCCCAGAGCGCGUUUGAGGGGCUGCUCGUCCGCCAGCUGGACAAGGCCGGCCACAUCCACUUCAAAAUCAGCUCAAUGUCCAACCUCCCAGAUUUCGCGGAGAUGUAUGAGACGUUCGAGAACCUGGGCAGCCUGGACGUGAAUCUGGUGCUGAGCGGCGUCGCGAAGCGGCCCGGGCGCAGCCGCGUGCUGCUGACCGGGCUGCAGCUGCCGGUGCUCGCGCGGCGGCACCAGGUCGGCGCCGCGGACGGCGCGGGGGGCGGCGGCGGCGGGUUGGAGGUGGAGGGCGGCGAGGAGGUGUGA